AUGAAAAGUUACGAAAACCUUAGAGUCAAACUCACUGAAGAGAAGCUAUUAAGUUAUUUUAUAUUUUCUAGAAAUCGAUAUUACUACUGGAAUAUGAUGACUGAUCAGGUUUCCUGGUUGUCACCAACACAUCCUAGAGCUGUAGUCACUUUACCUGCUGAUAGAUUAAAAGGUAAGUACAAAGAAAGAAUAAAUUUCCCAAUUUAUCGAAAGAGAGAUGAACUAGACCCUAUGGAUCCUGCAGCUUAUUCUGAAGCACCAAGAGGUACAUGGAGCAGUGGUUUAGAUCAACGAGGCUCUGCUAAAACUGGUGUGGAUGCUACAGCAGCUGGUCCAUUAUUUCAACAGAGACCGUAUCCUAGUCCUGGAGCUGUUCUAAGAGCCAACAAACAAAUGGAUACUCCAGAUAGUUAG